AUGAAGGCUCUCUCGGUUUUUGUUCCAUUGGUGUUGGCAUCGCUGGUGUUGAUUCAUCAAAACAGUGGUGCCUUCUUGAAAUUAACGAAUCUAGUAUGUGAAUCCUCAAAUCAAUCAUGGGUCAGAUUCGAUCACUGUCGCUUAAAGGCGAUCAAUCGCAACAAAACAGUUGCAAAUAUAAACGCCACCUUUCUAGCACCAGCCACUGACAUCUCGCUAAGAUUACAAAUACAAAAGAAAGCUAAUGGUUACAAGCCAUGGUUGUUUGACGUCACAAUCGAUGCUUGCAAGUUUGUUCGAAAUAGGAACAAUCCAUUUGCUAAAGUAAUUUGGAACCUUUUCAGGAACUAUUCCACGGCCAACCACACCUGUCCCUAUGUGGGCUUGCAAAGGGUCAAGGACUUCCAUCUGACACCAGAAAAGGUGCCCCUUCCACUCCCAACGGGAGAAUAUGCACUUUUGAUGACUUGGACUCUGAACCAGGAAGUGACUUUUGUUACAAAUGUAUAUUUCACAUACACGGAGGACUUCUAG